AUGGUCAGAUAUACUCGUCUUAUAUACCUCAUCUCGGGGUUUUGCACCGCUCGUGUCCGGGCCGGCGGCAUCAAGCUGUCUCGGUCUUUGCUGCGCUCUGAAGGUUAUGACUAUGUCAUUGUUGGUGGUGGCACAAGCGGGCUAGUCCUUGCCAACCGCCUCAGCGCCGACCCGACCAAGACGGUUCUGGUCGUCGAGUACGGAGACUUUGACCGCAGCAACGAGACAAGUAUCCCGCUGCUCACCACAGGCGACCAGAGCUCGCGUUUGUACCAAGACAUGACCUCGACACCACAGAGUGGGCUUGCAGGUCGCAUCUUCAACGCCCGCAUAGGCAACACGGCCCUGGGAAACCCUGGUUGGGGGUGGGACGGGCUGAGGCCAUACCUGCGCAAGGCCGCCAUCUUCACGCCACCUGGCGAGGACUUCGUCAAGCGGUACAGUUACACCUGGACGCCUGAGGCCUAUGGGGACGAUGGCAUGGUCAACGUGACCCUUCCGUCCUGGCAGUGGCCGGCCGCCGCGAUGCAAGCCGCUGGGUGGACCGACGACCUGCAAGAACCGAUGCGGCGCGAUGGCGCCGACGGCAACAACGUCGGUAUCUCAUGGCUGCCGCAGAACAGCGACGUGGUCAAGGGCACGCGCUCGACGUCGACAACGGCCUACUACGACCCCGUCAGCGGCCGUGACAACCUCGACUUGCUGGUGCGACACUACGGCGGUAGGGUCCUUUUUGACAGUGAUCAAGCCGUCACCGGCGUUGCCAUCCACAGCAGAGACGAAGAUGACUUGCCGAGUGACGGGCCCGUUGUCGUUCAGACCAAAGAAGUGAUACUCGCAGCGGGUGCCAUCAACACCCCUCGGCUCCUGCAGCUCAGUGGUAUUGGCCAUGCCUCCCAUCUCGAGUCCGUCGGCAUCCACGUCGUCGCGGAUCUUGCGGGCGUUGGCGCCAACUUUCAGGAUCACCCGGCCGUCUACAUAAUAUACGACUUUCUCAACGAUACGAGGCCAAAUCCCCGCAGCAUGCAAGAGAACGCCACUUUUCGCAACGCAGCAUGGGCCGAGUACCACGCCAACCGGACCGGGCCUCUCAGUCAUGCUUGGGGCAACACGGUCGUGUUCCAAUCCCUGCAAGAUCUGGUAAGCAGCCCCCAGGAGGUGCUCGACAGCAUCGACAGGCAGGACUCCCUCGCCCAUCUCCCGGCCGUCUACGCUGACAACACGUCUCUUCUGGCCGGCUUCCUUGCCCAGCGCGCCGUCAUGAGACAAGGCUACGCAAACCCCAAGUAUGGAAUCUACGAGAUAACUUUUGGCGGCGACAAAUCAGUCGUGACGGCACUGCAGAAGCCAUUUUCCAGGGGCACCAUCACCAUCACCAACACCACGAGAGCCAACCCGUCGACGCCGCCCAUCAUCGACUACUCAUCUUUGUCCAACCCAGUCGACAUUCAGAUGCUCGUCAAGGGUGUGGCGCGCGUACGCGAGUUCAUGGCCGCGCCGUCCGUGGUCGAAAUACUCAAGCCGGUGGAGCUCAUCCCUGGCCCCGGUACAGACGACCCAGUGGCUCUGGAGGAAAUGUUGCGAGAGAGCAUGGUCGUCUCGAGUUUUGAUCAUCCCGUGGGCACGGCAGCCAUGGCUCCUCGACAUCUGGGCGGCGUGGUAGACUCCAAGACCAUGGAAGUAUAUGGAGUUAGGGGCUUGCGAGUCGUCGACGCGAGCAUCAUGCCACUCCUCCCUGCCGCCCACACCCAGUGGACGGUGUACGCUGUGGCUGAAAAGGCCGCCGAGCUGAUACUCAAGAGCGCAAAAGUCCACUGA